CGAUGUUGCUCAAGAUUCAAAGGAAAAUCUACUCGAGCGUGAUCCAACUGAGCCACUUUCUCCACAACGAAUGGACUUUCCACAAUUCCAAAAUGCUCGACAUACUGACGACGGAUGUACCACCGGCGGAACGAGAGAUCUUUGGCUACGACUUCCGUUACUUCAACGUGAACGAUUUCUUCGAGAACUGUUUGAUCGGGGCGAAGCGUUACCUCCUGCACGAGGAUAUGACUCGAAUACGAGAGGCCAAACAACAUUACGAGAGAAUGAAGUGGAUCGACAGGAUAUUCAACGUCGUUUUGGUCGUAUCGAUAACGUGGAUCCUCAUGAAACUCGGAGUCACGUCAUAUCUCCUCGAAUCGCUUGGUCGUAUCGCGGACGGAUCGUUCCUCGAGGAGUGAAGGGAGUCCACCGAUCGACUAACUGCGGCAAAUAAAAAAAGGAAAAGUAAAAAGUA